CCACAUGGACUGCAGCAAUUCAAGAAGGAAGCUCACCACCAACUUCUCAAGGGCAAUUAGGGAUGAGCAAUAAAUGUUGGCCCAGCCAGCAAAGCCCACACCUCAGGAAAGAAUAUAUCAAAAAAAUUUUGUUAUGUCUCUCCCCGCCUAAGGAUAUCCCAAAGUGCUUUACUGCCAAUGAAGGAAUUGUUGAAGUGUAAUCACAGUGAUAAUGCAGUAAAUUCGAAAGCCAGUUUCUGCACAGCAUGAUCUCACAAACAGAAUUGCAAAAUUUUAUCAGGAGAAGACCGACCCAUAACAACAUUGAUUGGUCGCACACAGGCAGAGGACCCCAAACCUCCUCAUCCUAUCCAGAUUCGAGCAGGAUGCCUUGACGCUGGAGAGGCACCACGCACCUCAGUCAACUGGCCGCGGAGAGGCUGGGGUGUCAGAUGGAGGUUUUCCACCACGCACCCAAUCACAGGACCCCGAAGAUGCACCCUUGAUGUUAGAGGCCCACCAGGGUCCACAUGCACCUGCACCACAACUGCUUUCUGAACCAAGCAACAGCACAGAUAUCAGCACCUCAGUGGGCGGUAGAUCUUCGGCUAGAAUGUCAGUGCAUAUUGGGUCCUGUGUUGGUCGCUGUGACCUGGGUUUCAUAGCUUCAGAGAAGUGUCAGUGCGACAGUCUGUGCAGAUUCUACAAGAGCUGCUGCAAUGAUUAUGAGACUACUUGUAAAAAAGCCCGUGGGGAUAUGUUCCACCUGCCUGAAGAUGAAUAUAUUGAUGUGUUGGGUACUAUGAUGCCUGACUAUGAUGAGGGAAUGAACGAUACAGUGGAAUCAGAUCCAGAACUGGAGUCAGAACCAGAACUGGAUACAGAACCAGAACUGGAGCCGGAACUAGAGCCAGAACUGGAGCCAGAACCAGAACUGGAGCCAGAACUGGAGCCAGAACCAGAACUGGAGCCAGAACCAGAACUGGAGCCAGAACCAGAACUGGAGCCAGAACCAGAACUGGAGCCAGAACCAGAACUAGAACCGGUUGAUCUGUGCAUCAGUAAACAACCCUUCGAUGCAUUCACUGACCUCAAGAAUGGAUCGAUCUUUGCAUUCCAGGGAGAAUAUUUUCAUGAACUGGAUAAGUUCAGUGUUGCUUCAGAACAUCCCAGGUUGAUUCGUGAAGUGUGGGGAAUGCCUGGACCCAUCGAUGCUGCAUUCACACGGAUAAACUGUGAAGGGAAGACCUACAUCUUCAAGAACGAUUCUUACUGGCGCUUUAACAAUGGAAUUCCGGAAGAUGGUUACCCAAAACUGAUCAGGAAUGGGUUUCCCAGAAUUCCGAACAAUAUUGAUGCAUCACUGGCAGUUCCCGCCUCCAGUAUUGAUGGAAAAGAGCGAGUUUAUUUCUUCAAAGGGAAUUCGUACUGGGAAUACGUCUUCCAAAAUCAGCCUAGCCAGCGGGAUUGUGCUAGCUCACCCAUCUCAGUGCCCUUUGGGAGAUACACUGACAUCAUGGACAACAGUUGGGAGAAUUUCUUCAUCAGAAUAUUUGGAGAUAUCCCCCAUGAACGCACCAGUGGACCCCACUCCAUUCGCCAUGACUGGCGCGGGAUCCCAGGCCGUGUGGACUCAGCCAUGAUUGGGAAGCUCUUCUUCAUCCGCCAAUUCCCAAGGAACCGCAGGAAAAAGCCAAGAAAUCAAGCACAGAGGUAUUGGCAGGGACGACAGCGGAAGAGGCACUCCUCCAGCAUGGAAAUGGAUCUGUUCUCAGUGUUCCCCAGCCAGAGCGUAUACUUCUUUAUCAAGGAUAAAUAUUACCGAGUGGACCUGGAGACUAAGCGAGUGGCUUUAGCCCAACCCUCUUACCCACGUUCCAUCGCCAGAUACUGGUUCAAGUGUAGAGAUGAGAUGCUAAUGCAUGAAUAAAACUAGGACCCAGAAUGUGGGAGAAACCGGAAUCUCGCCAGCUGGAACAACAAGCAUCUUUAACUCUGUUAUUAACAACAGCCUCACCAACCUGUUAUAUGGAAAUGUCAUCAAUGUAGAAAACCAGUAAAUGAGCAAAUAAAACCCAAACAGAAUGCC